AUGGAAACUAUUAUUGCUGAUCUGGAAAACAACAUUCAUAAGCUCGAGGCAAUCGAAAAGGAUAUUGCAGAAAAUCCAUUCAACCCCGUCAAGCAGCAGGAACUUUUGACAUCAGAAAUGAAUGCCCUUAAAGACAAAGUAUUAAAUCUUUCGAAGGUUUGCUUGACUGAUAUCAAUAAAACAAUCGAAGAAUACGACAAAAUGACUAAAGAUAUCACUGCAAUGGAAGGAUCAUUAAAGUAUGUAAAGGAAAAGUUUGGAUCGGAUGUUAUUGUUAAAGGCUUCCUCCCACCACCAUUCGAGCCAGAGAAGGACAGCGAACAAGAAAACAACAUGCCAAAAAUCGAAUUACCAACAGGAGAUUACGUCCUUAACUUUAGUGCUCUUGAUCAAAUCGGACAAACAGUUGACUGCGUUGCAAACAAUAUUGAAGGUAUGCCGCUAAUCAGGGAAAUCCCUCCUGACAGAAAAGAGCAAUUACUUUGGUCUAGAAACGAAGAUUAUUUCGUCGAGCAGAGAACAGGACCAACCUACGAUCCAGCAAUGUCAACGUUUGUACAGAAUUAUGGCAUUGAGCCUUCACUUUAUCCAACUGAGCCAGAUGCUGAUCGCUCUACAACACAAGGCGAGAUUGAACAUGCCUUGAAUGCAAGCGCUGCUGAAGACGGAUCUUUAUUGGCUCAGGCUCCUCCAGCAGCUGAAGUUGACUAA